AUGGCUUCAUUUGCUCUCAAGUUCAUUUUUUGUUUCCUCGUUGCUAUUUUUUGCUUCAUUGAUAAUAAUGUUGAAGGUAGAGAAGGUAAGCUCUUCUUUAGUAAGUUCACUCACAUAGAUCGUUCUAACAAAGAGGUACCUCUAGCUCCAGCUCCGGCCACAUCCCCGGGCCAAGCCCAAGCCAAUGGAAGACUCGGAGACGGGCCUUUUGGGCCAGGUUCCGGUAUGGUUCCUCAAACCAAAGAGUCAUGGCCGGUUUCAUCUACAACCACUGACGAAGAAUUCGAGAAAUUGAUGGCUACAUUUGACGAAGUAAAAGACAACCAGUUACCGGAAGCGUUCGAGGAGGAAGAAGAUUCCGAAGAUUCGGAAGAUCUCAAUGAGCAAAAGGAUAAGUAUAACAACAACAACAAUAAUGGAUACACUUACACUACUAAUAACAAUGAUCAUAGGAGAGUUUAUGGUAAUGAAGAAAAGAAACAAGGGAUGAGCGAUACAAGGUUUAUGGAGAACGGUAAGUACUUCUACGACACGAGAGGUAAGAAUACCGAAUAUACCCCUAGCCGCAGGUAUGAAACCGCUCGAGGAAAUGAUCAUCCCAACGAGUUUGAAACUAUGGACGCAUACUACAAGAGCUUGGAGGGUAGUCAAGAGGAGUAUGAGCCAUAA